AUGACAGAGCAUCUCAGCCCCGACUCAUUUAAUGCCCUCGACCCCGAAGAACAAGCGAUAAUUCAAGCUCGAUCGCGGUCGCCUCAUCCGUAUCACCACCAGAGUACAGACCUGCCGCAUCUUCAGGAUCGAUUUUCUCUACGCAACCGCCAAGCGCAAUCCGCCAAGACUAGUGACGAUGCUCACCACGAGACGUCGCCAACAACAUGGCCAUCUUUUCUCAAGGACUCUCCGCAGACGAGUGAUAGCGGUUCCGAAGCCGAUGACGAACAUUACUUGAGAGGUCUACCAGCGCCGAGGUCAAACUUGCACAAAGGGUUGAGAGGUAUUAAUGAACCUCUGUCUGGGUCUUCGUCACCUCUCCCAUCACCAGCACUUUCCGAUGGCCAAACUGCCCGCACCAUCGACAAGACGCCUAUGCCCAUUGAGACGCCGGAAACGAAACGCUUGCUUGAAGCUCUCAAACGACGAAGACGGGUGGUUGCAAGACGCGCAACUGAAGCGGGCAUUGUUCUGGCUUUGGGCCUUAUGGUAGCUUCAAAUUCGCAGGUUUUACAGCUCUUGAAGAUAUGGGGCAAAGAUAUCUUCCUGCUCGGCGUUCUGUACGCUGGGCUUCUCUUUCUGUAUCCCAUCCGGGUUGUGGCAUGGGCCUAUCGCAAGAAGUCACCAUCCCACACAAUACCCCUCGAGCUGCCAGCACAUUUCGACCCCGCUCCUAUAUUAUACCCUUCGGCGAUUACCCUCUUCGUUUCACUUCUGAUUUCGUCGAAUAACCCCGCGGCAAUACUUCCAAACCUUGUUCUGAGCCUUGCUUCUAUUCCGCAAAGCGUUAUUCCAAAAGCCGACCCCUAUGCUUCCUACGACGUUAUAGCAUGGGGUAUUACUUGCAUACCAUUGGUUUGGAGUCCAGAAAUACGAGGAAAUUUUGAAAACAAACACCCGGAAGAUUUUAUUGCAGGAGAGACGGCGGUAUUGUUGUACCCUCUUCACCAAAGUUUAUGCGUGGUCUUGCACUAUCUUACCACCACAAGUCUGUUGACGGCUGAGCUUCAGCUACUAUCAAUUGCACUUAUCAACGUUCUACUUCUAGCUUCUUCGCCCCAAAUUCUCAUUCUCAAGGCUCUUCUUUGGGGCGGUGGUUUGUCACUACUUGUAUUUUGUGGUCCUGUCAUUCGUUGGGGAAUUACGUUGGCCAGAGUGCCAAAGUGGCGGUUCCGUAGGGCAUCAUUCGCCCAGCAGCCACCAUUCUGGAAGAACUUCUGGCAAUUGUUCUCUCUACGUCGCCUCAGGAACGAAAUAUUGAGAGCCGAACACGAGGAUGCGGUUUACGAUACCGCAGGUUCCUCCGAGGAUGAAGGAGGUCCCUUACUCAAGAAGCCAACAAGGGUACGAACAUUCGGACCCGGCUUUCCUGCUCCGGCGGACAUCGAUAGCGCGCCGUCUUCUCCCACGGCUGCAGAUGGAACCUGGUCGUUUGGUCGGAGACACACUUUACCGCACCUUGAUUCGGGAAACCGACGUAAUGCGACACACACCCCCUCGGGACGUAGAAAACGAGCAACUUCCAUGUCUGUUCGACCCUUCUUCAAGCUUACACAAGAGCAAGCGACGAUGAGGAAGUGGCUCUAUGCUGGAUAUGUUUAUGCAAGCAUACUGGCAGUCGUGCUAGGCGGCAUCCGCACCUAUGUUGAGAGGAUGGCUUUAGACGGCAAUGAGCCAAUAGGCUGGGCUCUUGGUUAUCUUCUUGGUGACUGGUCUUGGUUCCGAUAUCAAGUUGGAAGUUACAACUUGGAGCGAUGGGCUUGCUUGCCUCCAAGAGUGGACCCGACAGAAGACAAACAGUGCCGGUAUGGUUGGGUACAGCAUGUUCGCCAUAACGACAUUGGCGAAGCGAACACUCGACUUCUGUUGAGCAUCUACUGGUUGGGCAUCCUCAUUCUUGGUCUGAUCAUUGUCUUUCGCCUCAAGGAUAUUUACGAGGUAGACACACGGCGAAAAGUAUUUCACUUUAUGAUGGUUGGGAUGUUUCUGCCUGCAACUUUUGUGGACCCUACGUACGCAGCUCUGGCUCUCUCCUUAAUUCUGGCGGUCUUCUUGAUCUUGGAUCUCCUCAGAGCGAGCCAGCUUCCCCCACUAUCGAAACCUAUUGCCUCAUUCCUGGCGCCAUAUGUUGACGGCAGGGAUUUCCGCGGCCCUGUCGUCAUCUCACACAUCUUUCUUCUUAUUGGAUGUGCGAUUCCUCUUUGGCUAGGCCUCGCUUCUCUACCACGCACGGGAUCUGACUACCUGUCUGGCUGGGAAGUGUCAGGUCGCGAUGUCAGUCUUGUCGCUGGCGUUAUUUGCGUGGGACUUGGAGAUGCAGCGGCCUCACUUAUAGGACGUCGAUAUGGACGUCGCAAGUGGUUUUGGGGCGGCGGCAAGAGUCUCGAGGGCAGUUUUGCAUUUGCAGUGGCAGUUGUCCUGGGCCUUGGUGCUGCCAGUAUGUGGUUGCGAGUUGGCGGCUGGCCAGUUGCGGGCGACCAACCUGGGCCCGUUGCUGCUACUCGAAAUGUUGUUAUGUGCGCCUCGAUGGCGAGUCUAACAGAAGCGGUUCUUACCGGCGGAAAUGACAAUGUCAUUGUGCCCGUGGUACUGUGGACUUGUGUGAAAAGCCUGGGUGUCUAA